AUGACAACAAGUGGAGUUUGUACAGUUAGAGAUGACGGUCUAUUUGAUUGCACCAAAGACUUUAGAUCUAGGGAGAAGCUACCAACCUAUGUGUAUAAGCAUCCCGAACAAGCCAACACCUUUAUCUCUAGCGAGAUUGUCAAUAUCAUCAAACAAGCUAAUCAAGAGGGUCGUGCAUGUGUCAUUGGUUUGUCGGCCGGAUCAACACCCACCGGUGUCUAUGAUCAGCUGAUCAAUCUAUGCAAAGACAAGAAAGUCUCUUUUGCCAAUGUUGUCACUUUUAACAUUGAUGAAUAUUAUCCAAUCUCUAAACGUACUAUUCAAAGUUAUUAUAGAUUUAUGCAAGAAAACUUGUUUGAAUCGAUUGAUAUUAAUCAGAGUAAUAUCAACUUUUUAAAUGGAGAGAUUUCAGCUGAUCAAGUUGAACAACACUGCCAAGACUAUGAAGAGUUGAUCAAGACCAAGGGUGGUAUUGACGUGUUGCUCUUGCCAAUUGGCAAACGUAUCGGUUUCAAUGAGGCUGGUACCGACAAGACCUCCAAGACACGUCUCAUCGACAUUGAACAAAACACACGUAUCGACGCUGCAUCUGACUUUUUCGGCACUGACAAUGUGCCACACCAAGCCCUCACCAUGGGUCUGCAGACACUCUACAACGCCAAGCGUGUCAUUUUAAUGGCCUUUUCCGAAGGCAAGGCUGCCGUAGUCCAAAAGACGACCGAGGGAGACGUCACUACCGCCGUCCCAUCAUCUAUCUUUCAACAACACAAAAACUGUCAAUUGGUGAUUGACGAGGCCGCCGCCACCGAACUCACCCGUUCAAAGCAACCAUGGACUAUCCACGGUACCACCACUCCCGUCCAAAUCAAAUGGACACCCUUAUUGGCCCGUAAAGCUGUCAUUUGGUUAUCACUCAAAUUAAACAAACCAAUUCUUAAAUUACAAGAAGAAGAAUAUCAUGAUAAUAAUUUAGCUUCUUUAUUAAAAGCAUAUGGUCCAUGUCCAAAUUUAAAUCUUAAAGUAUUUAGAUAUUUACAAUCAACUAUUUCAGGAUGGCCAGGAGGUAGACCAAUCCAAUCACCACCAAAAUCACCAGCUGGUCUUGGAUUAGGUCCAUUGCCAAUUCAAGUACAAAAUGAUAAUUGGGAUACCCCUUCCGUAACCUCUUUACCAGUUUCAAAAAGAGUUAUUGUAUUUUCUCCACAUCCAGAUGAUGAUGUAAUUUCAAUGGGAGGAACAUUUAUUAAAUUAUGUGAUCAAGGACAUCAAGUUCAUGUAGCAUAUCAAACAUCUGGUAAUAUUGCAGUUUGGGAUGACGAUGCCAAGAGAUUUGCCAAUUUUGCUCAAGAGUUUACAAAGUUGUUUGGCUUUGAUGAGGCAGCCAAAAAGAAGGCUCAAGACAUUGAAAACUCUGUCGAAACAUAUAUUCAAGGCAAACAACCAGCAGAACCAGACUCUCGUGAAAUCCAAUUGCUCAAGGGUCUCAUUCGUCAAACAGAGGCACGUGCUGGUGCCCGUUAUGCCGGUGUCCGUCCCGACCGUAUUCAUUUCCUCGACCUUCCAUUCUACGAGACUGGUGCAGUCAAGAAGAAACCAUUGGGCGAGGAAGAUAUCCAAAUCAUGGUUGCAUUCCUCACCAAGGUCAAACCAGAGAUUAUCUUUGCUGCCGGUGAUCUUUCUGAUCCACAUGGAACCCAUCGUGUCUGUCUAAAGGCUAUCUUGGCCGCUAUCGACCGUCUCAAAACCGAACAGUGGAUGCGCGAUUGCCAGGUAUGGUUGUACCGUGGUGCAUGGCAAGAAUGGGAGCCAGAACGUAUUGAAAUGGCCGUACCAAUGUCUCCACACGAACUAUUGCGCAAGAGAAUGUCCAUCUUUAAACAUCAAUCCCAAAAGGAUAUCCCAGCCUUCCCAGGCACCGAUAAACGUGAAUUUUGGGUUCGUGCAGAGGAUCGUAACCGCGCCACCGCCAAAAUCUACGAUCGUCUUGGUCUCACUGAAUUUGAAGCUGUUGAAGCUUUUGUAAGUUGGUCUGUCGAUAAUAAAUAUGGUACUAAUCCAAUUUAA